AUGGCGAGUGAAGCAUCGACUGCUAUGGCUGCCCAUUAUACUACAAUCACUUCAACUUCAGCUACUACCAAUGCCAACAAUAAUGAGAUGAUUGCAAGUGAUAUUGCAGACGUCUCAACCACUUUUGCCCAGCAAGGGCCUGCAGUGGAGUCUCAAUACCAUCCACAAGAAGCCAGAAUUGUGCAUACAGUGGGCUUGGAUAUGGAGUCGUCGACGUCGACAACAGUAGCAGUCACGCCAAAAAACAGCACAACGUCGAAUUUGGAUGCAACAAUAACAACAGUAGUAGCAGCAGUAGAAACAACGAUGGCCAGCGAAGAAGGUUUGUUGUCAAAUAAUGUCGUUGCUAAUAAAUAUGACAAAACAAACCACCUUAAUAAAUAUAAUAACAACAAUUACACCAACAACAAUCACUGUAAUAAUAAUAGCGAGUCUACUGUUGUUGGUAGUAGUGGUGUUUGUGAUGAUGUUGAAAGUGAAGAAAGAAUGAAGCAUGAACCACAGCGAAUGACGGACCGUUCGUCACGUCAAAUCUUGCCUACAUCGACCUCAUCAAUCACUACAGAAGCAUCUUCCUCUUCAACAGAGGCAGCAGGAGAUGAAAACACAUCCGCAAGAGCAUUUGAAGAUGCACACAAUAAUUCUCUGACUCCCCCUUAUUCCUCAGCUGGGCCAGCGGAAGCACCCACCACGAGGUCCACUCCGACCAGACGGUCGACACCAAUCCCGUCUUUGGAAUUGCAGCCGGAGGUGACCUUCCAGCAGCUGCAACAAGAGCGACAGGCAGGUAUCAGCGGUACCCCAAAUACUACCCCGACCUCAGCAAUAAUGAGAACCCCACCGUCGCCGCGGGCUGCGUCUGUUAUUCUGCCUCUACCCCGAGUGACCGUCACAUCACCCUCUGAUUUAAGUCCACCUUGUAACGGCAGCAAUACAACGCUAACAAUGGACGAAGAGGACACGGUUGCUCAUUCCCCUCCAUCGCCACAGUCUCCUACAUCACCUACUAUUCCGCUGACGCCGCCACCAACACCGCCACCACCUCGAUCAGUGGUCAUUAUCCCAAUGGCUACCAAUCCUGUGUUAACCACUGCCAACGGGAUGAUUGGUAUAGGAAUGAUUGACCAACAUCAAGAUAUGGUUGAUAUGCCACCCCCACCUCCCUAUGAAGGCUUGGUUAAAGCAGAUGACUCUAACCGACAGUCUGGGACCUAUGGCCUGUCCCACAUGGACACACUGCCGUCCUAUGCGGUAGCUACAGAUCUUCCCACCUAUGAAGAAGCUGAGAGGGCCAAAGCAAAUGAAAUGAGAGAAAAUCCGUUGAUGUCGGGUCACGAUUUUCAAAAUCGGGAUCAGACUGCGACAUCCCACCUGUCCAAUUCUACUCAGCAAUCUGGAGGUUCACGUUCCGGUUACCCUGAGGAUGACCGCGUACCAGCCUAUGACCCUUAUCAUCUGACUGGUGUGUCCAUAGGCACUGACUGGAUUUUUCUCUGCACAUUUGCAAUUUCAUUUCUUUUUAACUGGCUUGGCUUCCUCAUCUCACUGUGUAUCACAAACACAGUGGCGGGACGCUGUGGAGCAUUGUCUGGUCUUGGUUUGUCUAUGGUCAAGUGGGUAGUCAUCAUGAAGCACAAUACAAUGGCACAAGGAUUUUUGCAAGGGGAUUCCUGGGUCUGGUGGAUUCUCAUGGUCUGUGGCUUCCUGCUUUUCUUGCGAGGAUGUAUACAAUAUGUUAACAUGAAAUAUGAGUGGAAAAGGAUCUUUUCUCGCUUGCAACAAAUGUACUUUUCUUGA